AUGCCGGAAACAGUAAUUUCCAAGUAUCCUUAUAUCCUUGCCACGGUCGCAACCCGCAAGGAGGGCUUCACACGCGAUCAAUUUCGGGAACACAACGAAACCACAUACGCGCCGCUCCUCAAAAAGACGUCAGGCAAAGCACAUCCUUUGACAUGGACACGCCGUUACCAUGUCGAUGAAGGUGAAGGUCCUAUGGGUGUUCCGAGAAUGAUCAUUGGCACGGGCGAUGGUGGUCUGGAUUGGGACUGCUUCGGAGAGAUGACAUUUGCGGAUGAGCUGCAUUACCAGCAAUUCAUAACCUUCAUGCACAGCGACACUGCCAUCCCAGUGCUGGAAGAGGAGGAGAAGUUCUGUGAAGCCGCUAACACCAAGCUGAUCGUCAUGCGGAGAGAAGUCAGCAUCGGGGAGAGAGCGCGGGUGCAAAAGUUGGACUGA